GUGAUCUCACUAUCAUGGCGGCGGCGGGAGAUUAGGGCCGCGGAUCGAAGCAGCCACCGCCGCUGGGGGACCCUGUCGGAAACAGCUGCCGCUGCCGCCUCUUUCUCUUCUUCUGGGGCAGGGGCCAGGGACAGGUUUUACACAUCUCUUAGUAGACCUUUUUGGAGCUCUGCCACCCAACUCAAUGGCGUCCUCUACUACUGUGCCUGUAGGAUUUCACUAUGAAACAAAGUAUGUUGUUCUCAGCUACUUGGGACUCCUCUCUCAGGAGAAGCUGCAAGAGCAACAUCUUUCCUCACCCCAAGGAGUUCAACAAGAUGUAGCUUCACCAUCUCUGGAUCAAGAAGUUCUAUUAAAAGUUAAAACUGAGAUUGAAGAAGAGCUAAAAUCCUUGGACAAAGAAAUUUCUGAAGCCUUCACCAGCACAGGCUUUGACCAUCACACCUCUCCAGUGUUCAGCCCUGCUACCCCAGAAAGUUCAGUAGAAGACUGCUUGGCUCAUCUUGGAGAGAAAGUGUCACAGGAACUGAAAGAGCCUCUACAGACGGCAUUACAAAGGCUCCUGAGCCAGCCAAUGACAUAUCAGGCAUAUCGGGAAUGUACACUGGAGGCCACAGUUCAUGCCAGCGGCUGGAACAAGAUUUUGGUGCCUCUGGUUUUGCUACGACAAAUGCUUUUGGUGUUGACAAGACGUGGUGAAGAACCUUUGAGUUCAUUGCUGCAGUUUGGUGUGACAUAUCUGGAGGACUAUGCAGCAGAGUACAUCAUUCAGCAAGGUGGCUGGGGCACUGUCUUUAAUCUUGAGUCCGAGGAGGAAGAAUUCCCUGGAAUCGUUGCAGAAGAUAGCAAUGACAUUUAUAUCCUGCCCAGUGACAACUCUGGACAAGUCAGUCUUCCAGAGUCUCCAACUGUGACCACUUCUUGGCAGUCAGAGAGCUUACCUGUUUCCCUGUCAGCCAGCCAGAGCUGGCACACAGAAAGCCUACCGGUGUCUCUCGGUCCUGAGUCCUGGCAGCAGAUCACAAUGGACCCUGAAGUCAAAAGCUUAGAUAGCAAUGGGGCUGGAGAGAAGAGCGAGAACAACUCUUCUAAUUCUGACAUUGUGCAUGUGGAGAGAGAAGAGAUACCUGAGGGUAUGGAGGAGGCUGCUGUGGUGUCUGCAGCCUUGCCCACCAGGGAGCUGCAAGAGGCGUUCCCUGAAGCCCCAGCUCCCUCGCUUCCACACACCACUGCCACGUUCUUGCUGGAGAUAAGGGAGCCUGGCACAGAAAUAAUUGCAGUUGAGAAAGUCAGCCCGGCUACGUCUUUGUUUGUAGAACUGGGUGAAGAAGAGGUGAAAGCAGCAACAAUCGAACCUAUUGACUUACAGGAGGAGGUGACCCGUGUGCUGGAACCCACAAAAACACUGCUGAGUGAAGAGGAGCCUAGCAUAAAGAAAGAGAGCCUUACAGAAGGGGUCUCCCCUGCUGGAGAAGCAACGGCUACCCCGCUGUCGGGGGGCAAGUCUAUACUGUUGUUUGGAGGGGCUGCCACUAUCGCCAUUCUGGCAGUGGCAGUUGGGGUGACGUUGGCUCUGAGAAAGAAAUAG